GAGCAUCAUAUGAACGUUGUCAUAGUUACUGGAAUUUAAACACGUGCAAUGUAUUAGGUCCUACGUCGCUGUUCUCAAGAUCUGACACAUUCUCUUCAUCUGCAAAAGCGCUCUGCUGUUACGUGAUCCUCGCUUUACCUAGGCCUGGUUACUCAGGUGAUUUACCCUGCCAAUAUGUUCGACAUUUUAACAUUAGUCAUAUGGAGCUGCAUAAUAAAAAUAGCUUCGGCGUCCUAAAACUAAUCGUAAGAGCUCUACCAAGAAAUUUCAUAGUGUGACUCCUGUGAAGAUUAAUUCAUUCUAGCGUGAAAACUAGCAAUUUCCGGUCUCGCACCCUUCCCAACCGUCACGGCAUUAACGAAAUUACUCUUCGCUUGGCUGCAGCUCUGAAAGUGAAUCUAGCCCCCACCCCCACACCAUCUGUCGCAUGUUGAACGGCAUAUUCAACUGGACAAAGCUAUCGUCUGCCACUCCGUUCUCGGCCGACUUUCUCCGCGGCAGGAGACGGGUCGCACUCUGCGGAACGACGCCACCUCCGCAUCGGACUGCAGUUCGCGAGCCGAGCCCUUCUAGACGAAAGUGAAACGCCACAAACAAAAGCCGAAAACACAGAGGACAAAGAGACGAGCGACAGGGGCGACAGGGCGGACAAUUGCCCGGAUCUGUGUCUGGUAUAGAACGCCGGACGAGUGGUGACCAAACCUCAGUUAGUGCCGGGAGACAGGUCGUGCUGGUGUCAAAUCUUGUGCUCUGAUAUUUUGCACUGCCUUCAGUUGUCAGCUCCUGUAUCUGUCCAUUUUGAAUCUCUAAGGGAGCUUCACUGGGAGCUCUCACACAGAAGUGCGGGUCUGUCCCAGGAGACCACAUCGCCCCGAGCAAUGCUCUUUCUGGGGGUGCUUCUUUGGUCGGCUCUGCUGGGGGCAUAUUCCGCUCAGGUCGAAUCCCGGAUAGAACAGACAGCGGUCGCCAAUGUGGGGACAGCGACAGCCAAUUUGACCUUAUCCAGGUCGGAGCGUGACCUCUCGUGGAUCACCUCCUGGUUGCCAUGGCGACGCCAGGAGCCGGGGACCACCACGGAGCUGCCGGGGGUCAGCAGCAACGACAGGAAAGCCAAAUUCCUGAACAUCUUCACCAUAGUGCGGUUCGCCAACGAAGAGUGUAGGGGCGACAACAACCUGAACGGCACGUGCGUGUCCCCUGACGAGUGCCGCAGCCGAGGAGGUCAAGAGGCUGGGAAAUGCGCCAACGGCUACGGCGUCUGCUGCACCAUGACCGGUAGUUGUGGGAACUUCACGCGGUACAACAACUCCUACUUUGAAAGCACCGACGCCGGCAACACACCAAACUGCCAGUUCACCGUUUACCGAGACUCCUCCGCGCGAAUCUGUCAGCUCCGACUCGACUUCGACACUUUCCGGCUGGCCCAGCCGGACAACGCCUCGGGGCAGUGCACAACGGACGCGUUCUCUGUGUCCGGAGUGGUGAAUGCCGUGCCCGUUAUCUGCGGAGAAAACUCGCGAACACACAUGUAUAUCGACGUGGACCCGAACUCUGAUCGAACGGUGCUCCAAAUAUCGACCACGCAGGGCUCCACUCAGACCACUACCCUUGCCCGAGACUGGAAGAUCAAGAUUCAGCAGAUCGAGUGCAACAGCACCACCAGAGCACCGUCGGCCUGUCUACAAUACUACACGGGAGUCAGCGGGACUAUAAAGUCGUUUAAUUUCGACGGCUCCGAGAUAGGUCCACACUUGGCAUCACAAAGUUACUCCAUAUGUAUUCGGGACGAAGCGCUAUACUGCAGCAUCGAAUACAUCGCGUCGCCAGUGACAAAUCCAUUUCGAUUAGGUCAGCAAUCGUCCUCUCAGAAAAGUGACCAAUGCCUGAACGACUUCCUCAUAAUCGCCGGCAUAUCGCAGACCGGCGUGCUACCUCAGACUGGACAGACAGGCGGCACCACCAACAACCAGGGCUACGACCGGCACUGCGGAGGGACCUGGGCGGGAACCAACGGAGCCCAGGCCACGGCACCGACACCGGCCAUCACAUACAUGAAGCCGUACGUAGUCCGUGUGCGCUUUGACGACACAGAGGGACAGGGCGAGACGGACAACCGUGGCUUCUCGCUCAACUUCAUCCAGAAACCGUGCAGCGUGCUGGGACGCAGGAAGAGGGCUGCUCUGCCCUGGAGGAUGGCGCCCUGGGGCAACGGCACAGUGCAGGGAGGGCGGGCGACCUGGAAGACGCUAUACUAAGAAGAGAAGCGCAGUGAGCUGUACUUUAAGCAGCCGGUGGACGGAAUAAGACAGAGAUCAAUCGAAUAGUCAAUGACCAUGCCAUGGAUGUGCUGUCGUUAUAGUUGUUGUUGUUGUUGUUGUUGUUGUUGUUGUUGUUGUUGUUGUUGUUUGUAGUUGUUCUUUUAUUGGCACAGAUGCACAGUUAUUCAACAAUGAACACUCUUUCUGCCAAUAUGUAAUAUAAACUCAGCGACCAUCGCUGUAUAGGCUAAACUUCUCUUUCUUUCUUCUAUCCUCUUCUCUGGCCUUUUUCCACGGAUGAGUGUUAAUGUUCCCUGGGGUCCGGGAGCCGACCAAUCUAUUUAUUUAUUACUUUUGAAGAAAUAAGCGAAAAUCAACUUAUCUGUCUUUUUGCAGGAUAUAUAGUUAGUUGAUACUGCUGUAGCUGCUGCAAUGCGAACUGCAUAUUUGCAUUUUGCAUAUCUCGAUUGCAUAUUUGAGGCACUUCAUUUUAUAUCUACUAACUAGUAGGACAAUGCAAUAUGCUAUCUGACUCACCGACCGCCCCUCACCACACCUCACGGGACUGUCACACUUCACAGCGCGACCAUGGGGAGCGGGGAUGACGGGUUGAGGGUGGGGGAGGGCUGACAGCGGGGAGGGUAAGGGAGGAGGGAGGGCACUGUCGUCACACUCACAAUGUCACGGGAACCCUGCCCUGGGGUGAAAAGGUUACACAACAAGAUUACUUUACACAACACGCUGCGUAGUUAAACUUCGUCGGCUGUCAACGUGUCGGUCAUUGAAAUGAUGCAUAUCCGAUUGUGUAGUGUAUGCUUUUUUGCUUUGUAUUUGCUUAUUUUUACGAACGUAACAAUAAAAAUAUGAAAUAUGUACUCUAAAGAAUUCC